CACUUAAAAGCUUUUGGACAGAAGCAGAUUUACUCAAAACUGACUGAGAGGUCCAAAACUGCACUGAAUUUAGCUAUUGAAGUGUUACUCCUGAUAUGGAAUUUAGCCUGCGUUUGUUUACACAAGGCAAUAAAGCAGUAAGAAACAUUCAUAUUCACUAGAGUUAAUCAGGAACCUCCUCUAUACAUACUUUGUAAAUAUGUAAACUCCAGCCAGCAGCAGGUUACGAAAUCCUCUCUGACAUCUUUGAAGCUCAAUAAUUAACAGCUGUCUGGCUUUUCUGGCACACAACUUCUUGUUACUAUUACUAAUAUUUCCACAACAGAUACAUGUUAAUUGGAAUUUAUACAGUUGAAACUUAGGACCACUGGGAAAAACAUAAACUGGGGAUCAUAACGUUUAGAAUGUUUUGAUGUUAGGAGGGACUGUCAAAGCUGCUGUCCUGUUGGUGCUGCCUCAAGUCAUAAAACAGAGGCCUCAACCAGAUUUCCUGCAGCUUCUCACAUUCAGAGCCAGGAGUAGGCUCUCUGUGCAUACUCCUCUUUGUCUGCACAAACGUCUCGGUAUGAGGAGUCUUCUUAGUAAUCUCAUUAUAAACAGUGAGGUCAGAAACAUCGGGGCCUUGACUGCCUAAUUCCCUGAUGUUGCUGGCUGAUGCAGCGGACACAGAAAAGGGUUUCACUUUCCUUCUAGACAGUUAUUGUUGAUAGUCAGAGUAUUUGGUGCUAGUUAAAGGGUUCCUCUGAAUUUUUGCCUUGUGCCCCAACAGACUCACCAGUGGCUCUUGGCAAAACUGCAAGUUAAAGGUUAACUUGCACCUGCCCUUCUGUGUGAGCGAACACAGCCCAGCAAAAGCUUAGCUGAGAUCCGACAAUCUCCAGCCUGUCUUCAUGUUCAGGUCAUCAGGUGCUACCCUCUCACAGUCUGUUUGGGCUUAAUUUUGGUCCACUAGCACGAUCUAAAGUGGUCACUCGGUAUAAAGCCAGUGAAAGGCCUAAAACACGUGAAAGCAGUAUGUUAUACUGUAAAUCAUUGAUGCAGCUCAUCUGGUUGUUCACUAGCAAUACAAAAUGCUUUUCAACCUUUGGAAUUUCUCAGUGCUCCUCCUCCUGCUCCACAUGCCUUUUUAUACCUCUGCUUUGUCUUCAGCAGGACAGCUGUGAGAAAAACAUGUUGGUCUGGACAGUGUGUGCGGCUUUGAUUGCAUGUGGCGUUUUACUCCGCCAUUCUUCCUUCCUCCAGGAUGUCCAAUUCGUGCUCACUAAAAUAAAAGUAAGGCGGUUCAUCGAAAAGUGCGUGCAGACUAAUUACUCAAUCCUGGACCGCUUUUUAGAGCUGGUGAAGACGCAGCCGCACAAGCCUUUCGUUUAUUUUAAAGAUGAAACGUUCACGUACCGGGACGCAGACAUCCUGAGCAACAAGGUUGCGAGAGCGUUUCUGCAGGCUGGAUGCGUAAAAGAAGGAGACACGGUGGCGCUGUUCCUGGGGAACCAGCCGAUGUUCCUGUGGCUCUGGUUGGGUUUGGUGAAGAUUGGAUGCGCUGGAGCUUUGCUCAACUCCAACAUCAGAUCCAAGUCUCUGCUACACUGCCUCAACUGCAGCGGAGCCACAACUCUGGUAGCAGCUGAAGACUUGCUGGAUGCAGUGAAGGAGGUGCUGCCCCAUCUUCACGAACAGCAGAUCAAUGUUUUCAUCUUAGCUGACAGAUGUGAAGUUACAGGUGUGGAAAGCUUCAUUGAUAAAAUGAAUCAGGCUUCCUCUGAGCCUAUACCCAAGGAGUUAAGGUCCCAUUUAACCAUGCAGAGUCCAGCAGCCUACAUAUACACCUCAGGGACAACAGGUCUCCCUAAAGCAGCUUUGAUCACUCAAGGCAGAGUGUGGACCAUGUCUUUACUUCUGCCUUCAUCAGGAGUGAACUCCAAAGAUGUGAUUUAUGAUACCCUCCCGCUUUAUCACAGCACCGGCUUCCUUGUCUUCACUGGGGCCAUUGAGAGGGGUAUUCCUGUUGUUCUGAGGAGUAAGUUUUCUGCUUCCCAGUUCUGGGACGACUGCAGAAAAUAUAAUGUCACCGUCAUACAGUACAUAGGUGAAAUUAUGCGUUAUCUCUGCAACACUCCACAGAAACUCAGUGAUAAAAACCACAAAGUCAGACUUGCAGUAGGCAACGGGAUCAGAGCAGAUGUUUGGAGGGACUUUGUGAGACGAUUUGGGGAAAUUCAAAUCAGAGAAUUUUACGGAGCAACUGAGGGAAACUUUGCUCUGUUGAAUUAUAGCAGCAAGAUGGGAGCUCUUGGGCGACACACCUUCCUGCACAAGAUGUUUUUUCCAUAUGCUGUGAUCAAAUAUGACAUAGACAAAGAAGAACCUUUGAGGGAUUCUUCUGGUUUUUGCAUGGAGGUUCAGAGAGGUGAACCUGGACUUCUGGUGACUGAAAUAACAGCCAAAGCUCCAUUCACUGGUUAUGUGAGAGACAUGAAGCAAACUGAGAAAAAGAAGCUGCACAACGUCUUCAAGAAAGGUGAUCUGUACUUCAACACAGGCGACCUGCUGCGCAUCGAUGAGGAUAAUUUCAUGUACUUCCACGAUCGUGUUGGCGACACAUUCAGAUGGAAAGGGGAGAACGUAGCUACAACUGAGGUGGCCGACAUCCUCGUGCUGGCUGACUGCGUUAAAGAAGCCAAUGUUUACGGAGUCAAAGUGCCAGGCCAGGAGGGAAGAGCCGGGAUGGCUGCUGUUACUUUGAUGGAUGGACUGAAGUUUGACUCCACGGCUGUUUUUAAACAUGCCGAGGACAUCCUGCCGUCCUACGCCAGGCCACGCUUUAUGAGGAUUCAAAGGUCACUGGACAUUACAGGCACGUUCAAGCUAAUAAAGACGAAAGUAGUGGAGCAGGGCUUCAACCCAAAUGAAAUAACAGACCCACUCUACUUUCUGAAUGAAAAAGAGAAGAACUAUACUCCACUCACGCCAGAUGUAUUUGAUUCAAUUAUAGCAGGAGACGUCAAAAUAUAAAGUGAUUUUACUUUUGAAGAAAAAAAUCCACCUUUUCACACACAAGCGAAUCAUUUGUUGUGUCACUUCUGGUUACACAUUUUAAUGACAAGGUGUAAAGCAUAAAUUUAUUUUUUGUUCUUUCAUGCACACCCCCCAUGUUUGAGUUUGAUGUACCAAUCUGUGAGUGUGGUGAUGGGUUCACUAGUUUAUUAAAUGGAUUGCUGUACACCUCC